GUUUUCUUUUUCAUUGCUUAUGUUUAUAUUUUUUUAUGCUAGCUUGAGAGAAAUCACAUAUGGCAGACUAAUAUAUAUUGGGCUCAGUCAUCCAAAGAAAUGAGCACGGAAGACCCUGUACACAGCAGUAAUGCCUGGAUUGUCUUAUUUAUCGCCGAGUCUAUCGUGAUCGUGAUAAGCAACGCCCUCACUCUUUUGGCAUUUGCUAAAAUCCGCCAUCUACGCAAGCGCAGUACGUACCUAAUAAUAAACUUAGCUGUGGCAGAUUUGUUGGUGGGCGCCCUGACGGUGCCUAUUUCAGUACUGUAUUUUCGUAAAGAUGAAGACCGAGUCCUCUACUUAGGAGUCCUUAAAACAACAAUUAUAUUCAUCUUCCCGCUAGCCUCGCAAGUGAAUCUUUGUUUGAUUUCCAUGGAGCGCCUACAUGCAACCCUUUUCCCAUUCAGACAUUGCUUGAUUGGAAAAUGGUUUUACUAUAGAGGUAUCAUGGGCAGUUGGUUGAUUAACUUCUUCUUGACAGCUAUUAUGGCUUGGUUGGACAUCGCAGACAUUCAUCCAGAGUUCUUGUACGUUCACGGCACACUGAUUGCGCUUUUUGUGGUUUUUAUCGCGGUUUCUCACAUAACAGUUGUCAUAAAGGUUCAAAGCAGCCGUCACUCUCCACCAUGUGGCUCAAUACUCAAAGAACGGAAGCUUACAGUUACACUUUUCAUAGCCACUGGAGUUUCUGUACUGACUAUUCUGCCUUUCGCCAUCAAUUCUACCCUGCCAGUCGAAACACCAGAUAGAUUGACCAGCAUUUCGAUCCACGUUGACUUGGCAUUGGUGGCACUUUAUCAUUUGAAUUCAAUUGUUAAUCCUUUCGUGUAUGCAAUACGAUUGCAGGAGUUUAGAGAUGAAAUCAGGAAGCUUAUCACUAGAUGAGUCAAAGCG